AUGGCGGAAAUCCGUCGAAAGCUCGUCAUUGUAGGUGAUGGUGCCUGCGGUAAGACUUGCUUGUUGAUCGUAUUCUCCAAGGGUACCUUCCCAGAGGUCUACGUCCCAACCGUCUUCGAGAACUACGUUGCCGAUGUUGAGGUUGAUGGAAAGCACGUUGAGUUGGCCCUAUGGGAUACGGCUGGCCAAGAAGAUUACGAUCGUCUCCGACCUCUCUCAUACCCCGACUCGCAUGUGAUUCUCAUUUGCUUUGCUGUUGACUCCCCCGACUCUCUUGAUAACGUCCAGGAGAAGUGGAUCUCCGAAGUUUUGCAUUUCUGCAGCGGGCUUCCUAUCAUCCUUGUUGGCUGUAAGAAAGAUUUGCGAUACGACCAGAAGACGAUUGAGGAGCUUCACAAGACCAGCCAGAAGCCAGUUACCCCGGAACAGGGUGAGGAGAUCCGCAAGAAGAUUGGUGCCUACAAGUACUUGGAGUGUUCUGCAAAGACCAACGAGGGUGUCCGUGAAGUGUUCGAACAUGCUACGCGCGCUGCCCUGUUGACGAAGAAGUCCAAAUCCAGCAGCGGAAAGAGGCAUUGCAUGAUUUUGUAA